AUGUAUGGUGGCACCAGCAACGGCAGCGCAAGUGAAGACGAGCAAGCAUCCGCUAAUGCACAGCGGGCGGCGUCGGGGGCUUCAGCCAGCACCAGUAGCAGCAGCACCGUCAACAGCAGCGGCGGCAGCGGCGACGGCGGCAGCGGCGGCGGGCGACGCCAGCGCGGAGGGCGUCCGCAGCAGUCGUGGCUCCAGCGCGCUUUCGCCAACGCCCAGAUCAGCCAGCCGUGGCGCAUACUGCUCAACGUCGUCGCCCUCUUCUUCCUCGUGCGGCUGUGGCCGGUCGGCGGCCGGGGGCUGGGGGCGCGGCCAGAGUCCAUAACACUGCAGGUGCCGUUCAGCGAGUUUGUGCGGCGCGUGCGCGCCAACGACGUCUCGUCGGUGUCCGUGGACGGGCUGGACAUAAACUUCUCCCUCAAGCCGGACAGCAGCCUGCUGCGCGACCCGCCUGCGGGCGCGGAGGGCGCGCGGGUGUCAUUCUCCACGGUGCGGCCCCCGGAUUACAGCCUGCCGUACUCAGUGCUUGAGGGCAACGGCGUGGCGUUUGGGGCGGUGGACAAGCGCGGCAACUGGAUGCUGUCCGUCAUGGUGUAUGGGCUGUAUGCGGUGCUGUUUCUCAGCGCGCUCAACCGCCUGCCAAUCAAGCUGCCCGCCAAGGGCACCGGCCGCAAGCACCGCGGCGGCGGCGGCGCGCGCGGCGGCGGCGCGGGCGCGGAGGGCGCGCGGCGCGGGGCUGGCGGCAGCACGGUGCUAUUCGCUGAUGUGGCGGGGGUCGAUGAGGCGAAGGAGGAGCUGCAGGAGAUCGUGGAGUACCUCAGGGCUCCCGAGAAGUUCUCUCGCCUGGGGGCGCGCCCGCCCAGCGGCGUGCUGCUCGUCGGGCCGCCAGGCACGGGCAAGACCCUCUUGGCGAGGGCCGUCGCGGGCGAGGCGGACGUGCCCUUUUUCUCCAUUGCGGCAUCCGAAUUCGUGGAGCUGUACGUGGGGAUGGGGGCGAUGCGCGUGCGGGAGCUGUUCGCCAACGCGCGGAAGGAGGCGCCCGCGAUCGUGUUUAUCGACGAGAUCGACGCGGUCGCCAAGGGCCGUGACAGCCGCCUGCGCAGCGUGGGCAAUGACGAGCGCGAGCAGACGCUCAACCAGCUGCUGACAGAGCUGGACGGCUUUGAGACCGAUAAGGACAACGUUGUCAUCUGCAUCGCCGCGACAAACAGGCCUGACGUGCUGGACGCCGCGCUGCUGCGGCCGGGGCGCUUUGACCGCCGCGUUCCAGUGGAGCGGCCCGACAGGCUGGGGCGGGAGCAGAUCCUCAGGGUGCACCUCCAGCGCCGGGGGCUGCCGCUGUCGCCCGAGGUCACGCCAUCAUCCAUCGCGGCGAUGACGACGGGGUUCACGGGGGCGGACCUGGCCAACCUCGUGAACGAGGCGGCCCUGCUGGCGGGGCGCCGCAACAAGUCCUUGGUGGGUCCCGAGGAGUUUGAUGUGGCGGUGCUGAGGGCAGUGGCGGGCAUCGAGAAGAAGCGCUCCAUCCUGGCCGGCCUCGAGAAGGAGGUGGUGGCGCGGCACGAGGUCGGGCACGCCCUCGUGUGCACCGCGGUGGCGCAGCUUCUCCCCGGGUCCCCGGAGGUGGAGAAGCUAUCCAUCAUCCCCAGGACUGGCGGCGCCCUGGGGUUCACCUACUCGCCGCCCAAGUCGGAGGACCGGGCGCUGAUGUUUGACCGGGAGAUACGCGGGCAGCUGGCCAUCCUGAUGGGCGGCCGCGCGGCGGAGCUGCUGACCUGCGCCGCCGUCAGCACUGGCGCCGUUGACGACAUCCGCCGCGCCACAGACCUCGCCUACAGGAGUGUGUGCGAGUACGGGCUGAGCCCUGCAGUGGGGCCCCUGAAUGUUGGCGUGCUCUCGGCGGGCGGCGGCGACGACGGCUGGCUGUCCGUCCGGGACUCGGGCGACACCGGGAAGCUGGUGGAGGUUGAGGUGAAGGGCCUGCUGGAGGGUGCCCUCGCGGCUGCCCUGGCGGUGACGUCAUCGAACCGCGCGCUGCACGCGGAGAUGAGCGAGCGGUUGGCGGCGGACGAGCGGCUGGAAGGGGCGCCGCUGGCGCGCGCGCUGACGGGCGUGCAGGUGCCGGACGAGCUGCUGCGCUUUGUGCUGUAUGGAGAGCUGCCCGUCCUCGACAUCCCGCAGCACCAGGCCCAAGCAUCCCCCUCGCCGCGCAGCCGCGUGACUUCCGGCGCGCCGCCGGUCGCGGCGCUGCCGGGCGCGGCGCUGGAGCUGCAGCUGGCAGCCGGGGCGCAGGACCAGCAGCUGCUGACGCAGCAGCUGCGCUGGCGCAGUCUGGGCGAGCCGGAGGCCGGGGUUCUUGCGAAGGGCGGCGGCGCCGACCCGGCGGCGGCUAGCUGA